AUGUAUUCCCCUCAUGAUGCUGAAAAAGCAGGAAGUAAUUUAUUGUUUUUGUUGCAUCCAUAUUGUCAAGGGAAACAUUUCUUUGAUUACUGCAUCGGUGUGAAAUCUUUUCCGCCCAGCAAAACAGGGAAAGAAACGCAGGGGCACCUACCCUCAACAAACACGCCAAUCUCACCGCAUGCGCAGUCAGAGACAUCAAACGCCCCCACAACAAAUGGAAAAGUGAGCGGUGGUAGCAAAACACAGUACACAUACGAAUAUUUGGCUCAGUUGCUUAAGGACAAGAAACAACUGGAAGCGUUCCCCAAUGUUUUCCAUCAUCUCGAUCGUCUUGCUGAAGAAGAAAUCAGCAGAGUGCGAGUUUCGUUAUUUCAAUUCGAGUUUGCAAAAGAUGCAAUGUCGAAUCUACCAGAACCAGAGGGUGAAGUUACCACCAUGACAGAAAAAAUAUUUGUUCCCGUGAAGGAACAUCCUGAUUAUAAUUUUGUCGGGAGGAUAUUGGGUCCACGUGGUAUGACAGCUAAGCAGCUAGAACAAGAAACUGGCUGUAAAAUAAUGGUCCGAGGCAAAGGGUCGAUGCGCGAUAAAGCUAAGGAAGAAGCAAACCGUGGAAAACCCAACUGGGAACAUUUAUCAGAAGAGUUACAUGUUCUGAUACAGUGCGAGGAUACACCGAAUCGUGCACUUUUAAAACUAAAACGAGCUGCAGCUGAAGUAAAAAAGUUACUUGUGCCCUCGUCAGAUGAUGAUGAACUGAAACGCAAACAGCUGAUGGAGUUAGCGAUCAUCAAUGGAACUUACCGAUCCGGAAGCGUUAACCAAACAGCUGCUGCGCAAGUUGCAGCUGCAGCUGCAGCCAACAAAAAUUCCCUGGCUGCUUUGCAAGCUCGCCUGAUGGCUCCACUACCUCUUGCUGCUACACAGCCGAAUAAUCUCCGAUCGCCUGGUUUAACUGGAGCGCCAAUUAUCCUGUCGCCUUCACGUGGUACUGCACCUACAGCUGCGACCGCGGCGGCCGCAGCUCUCGCAGCACAGUUGCAGGCAGUAGCAAGUCAGCAACAAAAUGUUGCAGCUGCGUUCACACAACAAGGACCAGCGGCUGUGGCUGCGUUGCCAGCACAGUUGUUGCAAAAUCCGGCAUUGGCGCAAAAUGAAUAUGGACAGCUGUACCUUAGCUCAUUACCGUACGAUCCGUCGGGUGCAGCAGGUUAUGGCGCACCAGUAAGCAGCACCGCCGCUACCCUUCAAGCUCAAGCUCAGGUUCAGGCUCAGCAGCAACAGCAGUAUGCAGCUGCAGCUGCCGCUGCCAUGCUUGGUGCGAAUGCAUAUAUCGGCGAUUAUACAUCAGUCGAUAUAUCGCAUGCCGGUGCAAUGCUGUGUAAUCAACGACGUGUGCUUGGCCACUCGAGGGACCAUCCGUAUGGUAGUGGAAAGUCAGCUACAUCAUAACACUUCUCACUCCAAACAAAACUCACUUCUUUAUCACAGAUUAUACAAUACAAAGUACCAACAACACGGUUUGUUUUGAACUCUCUGUCUCUGAACUAACAUUAAAAGAAAAAAAGCUUGUCAAGGUGUCACCUGAAAAAGUGGGCUAGCGUUGGUUGCACGUGAUAAAGUUUGCCUUUUCAUUUCACGGUUACAUAUAUCUUCCCGU